GUUUAACUUCCGGAACUGCGCAGUAGGAGUCAGCUGACAGUUGUGGUCAAGCAACCAGUGAAACAUCUCAGCUGAAGAGACCCUGAACGGAGGAGGGGGGGAAAGCCUCUUUUUUGUCUCCAGAACCGUAACGGCCGCGGAGAAACGGACAGCCGUUACCUCCUUAGAUACCCGGCCACGUCUUCCCGCCUUCCACGCAAUGAGUAUCAGCGCUCCGAGAGGCCUGGCCAGCUCGGGGCAAAAGCCCAUCACGGAGAUUCUCCACCCGCUGUCCGCCGCCGAGGAGCCGCUCUCCCCCGGGCCAGAUGUCACCGUCAGCGGUGGAAGGGAUAAGGAAGUGGGACUGACCAACGGGACGCCGGUUGAGACGCCGAGUCCGGCUUCUGCGUCCGUGCUGUUCAACAGGCUGCAGCUGGACGACGACUUGGACUCAGAUGGCAGGGACCCCUACGCCGACACAGAAACCCACGACCUUUUCGUCACUGUCGACGACCCAAAGAAACACGUCUCCACCAUGGAGACCUACAUCACUUACAGAGUCUCCACCAAGACAACACGGAUAGAGUUUGACCUGCCGGACUACUCUGUUCGGCGGCGCUAUCAGGACUUUGACUGGCUGAGGACCAAGCUGGAGGACAGCCAGCCGACCCACCUCAUCCCACCGUUACCAGAGAAGUUUGUGAUGAAGGGCGUGGUCGAUCGUUUUUCCGAGGAGUUUGUGGAGACGAGGAUGAAGGCCCUGGACAAGUUCCUGAAACGAGUUGCAGACCACCCCGUCCUCUCCUUCAACCCUCAUCUAAAUGCUUUCCUGUCUGCCAAGGACCUCAACAAACGUCAGGGUCUGGCCCUGCUAUCCAAAGUGGGUGAGUCUGUGAAGAACGUGGCUGGAGGCUACAAGCUGCGAGUGCGACCUCCUGAGUUCUGCGCCAUGGGAGAGUACCUGGACACCUUUAACCAGAAACUGGGAACCAUCGACCGGAUCGCUCAGAGGAUCCUCAAAGAGCAAUCAGAGUAUCUAACUGAGCUACGAGAGUAUGGUACAGUCUAUGCCAGUUGGGCGGGGUCAGAGGAGGAGCUGCAGCGCCCUCUGGAGGGCGUGGCUGGCUGUGUGACGACGUGCUGCGGCGCGCUGGAGGACAUGAGCGAGAACAUGGGCCAGGACUUUCUACCCGUGCUCAGAGAAUACAUUCUCUACAUCGAAUCAAUGAAGAAUGUUUUAAGGAAGCGAGACCAGAGCCAAGCGGAGUACGAAGGCCGUCUAGAAGCAGCCGUAUUGCGCAAACAAGAGGACAGAACGCCCAUACCAGCGGAGGUAGAGAAAUGCCAGGACAAAAUGGAGUGUUUCAACGCUGACCUGAAGGCAGACUGGGAGCGCUGGCAGAGCAACAAGAGACAAGACUUCAAGCAGCUUCUCACCGGCAUGGCCGACAAAAACGUCACCCAUUAUGAAAAGUGCCAGGCAGCGUGGGAGUCGCUCAUAACUCUCCUCCAGGACAAACAGACUGAAGACAAAACGAGUUGUAAAAGCCUCUGGGAAAUACGACAGUGAAUGAACAGGAAUUUACUCUCUUGUACUCAAAGCACCACACCUGUUGUUUUUUGUUGUUUUUUACUCUAUACUUUUACCAAAGGUCACAAACUUCACCCCUGUCGUUCCUGCACCUGUUAUUAAAAAUAACCCACAAAAAUCAGGUGGUAUGUGAAAAAUGUUCAAGUGGGACCUCUGCGUGUUUUCCCUAAGGGACACUUUAGUAUGUCUUGGUUUUUGUUUUUGUUUUUUGCUACAAACCCUCACAGAUAAAUGGAGAUAAACAGUGUUCAGCGAUGACGAUGAAGGUGCCUACAGAAGAAAACAAGGUCUUGCCAUCUAUAAAUCACCAUUUUGGGCUAUAAUCUCUGGUCUCACUAACUCAAACUUAUGAGAAAAUAACUUGAAAUUUUGAGAUUAUAACUCAGAUUUUUAAGUUACAGGUAGCAAAAAGUUUUUUGUUUGUUUUUUUUUGUUUGUUUUUUUAAGUGAUGGCAACAAGCUUCUAUGGGCGUCUGAGCUGAACGCUGAGGUUUGUCUGAGAGGUCACUUUGUGGAAGGUGGAAUUUUUAAGAGAACAGCGGCUCCACCUUGUGGCCAAGCUGUUAAUAGUUUUCUCCCAUGCUUUUGAAAUGAGGGGGAAGUGAAGAAGUGAGCUACCUCUUUUGGCUUCUCUUGAUAUCGUCUUUCUCUCACCAUUCCCAUUUAUACCCUUCCUCUUCUUCUUUAAGCAAAGACUUACCUCAGUUGGUGACGUUAACGGUGCAUUUGGUUCAUAAUAAUAAGGUAAAGGCUCCAGUGGUAAGAAGACGUAAAUGUUUUACCAUUGGAUUUUUUUUUUUUUUUAAUUAACUUAUUAUUAUUUCCUUGCCUAAGUGAUAAAACCCUGCACUGAAGCAUGCAUAACCAUCCCUAAGAAAGCCAUGAAUCCUGAAUAUAAGGUGUCAGUGUGUUCAUGCUGCUGGCUUACAGAGGAACUAAAACCUCUGGGGCUAGUGGAAAAAUCCCUGCUGUGUCAUGUUAAGAGUGAGACAUUGCAAAAAACAAACAAACAAAAAACGACACCCUGAGCGAUGCAACACAUUACUUUAAAUUCUUAAAUUGCCUGUUUUAACCAAACGGGCUGAGACUGAGGUACUGAACAGCAUGGAAACCCUCUGCGGUGCAGCUCUGUUAGCAAUCUGCUCAGCUGUGACUCAUGGGAUAAUGAGGUGGAGCCCUGUAUGUGAGGCACACUUUUUGCAUCACACUCCUUUAUUAUUUUCCAACUCCUGAAUGGGAAAAAUCCCUUCACUGCAAUCAUAAUAUUUAAAACUUUCUGAUUUACUGCCAACACAGGAAAGCUUAUUCUGCUUUCCUUUUACUCUGAAAGUAGCUAAAACCUGACCAAUGACGCCCAGGCAGACUCAGUCAUGUGACAUUUCCACAGUCACCACGUUUUGUCCUCCUGUUGGUUAAGAGUUUCUCCUUCACUGACAGGAUUUCCAGACUAGAGCUGCUUUCAGAUUUUGUUACAAUCAAGUAAAGUAGCCGUCACAUUACUGAGCCUGCGCCUCCAUGCAACCAAAUGCAAGCGCUGCAGCAUCCUGACGAGGCGUCUGCAGCUGCCAGUGAACUGGGUUUAUUUUGUUCUCUCUCUUUUUUUAUUGUCCUUAUCUACUUUUGCCUUUCACAUUUUACCCUUAAGCUUUAAAAGAGUGAAGCAGCUACUCUGUAACUAGUAGAAGUCAACAAUGUGAAUAAAAAGUAUCUUUAUGGACGGAGGCAGCUGCAGUGGAGCGGCCUAUGGAUGCACCAGGGCUAAAAGGGAAAAUCCAAAGAUUUACUAUGAUCAUUUUUGCCCAUACUGUUGUCCUAUAAUAACUCCAUUGCAUUUGAAUAGCUCAAACCUUAGAGUUUGACUGUAAAGUUCUAGUAGUAGUCCACUAGUAGUGCUAUUGAGCAGUAUUUGUAGCUGCUCCCACAUUGAUUGUACUCAUACAAACACAUCAGGUGCCAGCUUUUAUCAAUUAAAGGGAUCAUACAUCUGUUUAUACUAAAGAAAACCCCAGAUCGGUUUAAAAACAUUAAAUGUUUGCUUGUAGCUAAAACUCACUGAACCCUGAGUGCAGUUUGAGAAGUAACUGGAUGAAAUGUAGCAUAAAUAUUACAAAAAAAACUAAAACAAAUAAAUAUAAAGCUUGAAAAACACAUUUCCUGUUCUGUUUAAGGUAUAACAUUGGUAUCUGCUGAGGAUUGUGAGUUGUUGUUGUUACUUGAUUUCUUAUCAUUAGGCACUGGUGCAUCUGUAGAGCAUCGCUUUGGUGUAAAUGAAGUAAUUGACAUGUGAGACACACAUUUAUGAAACUGGAGGGCAUCUUUGGGAUUUAUAUGAGUGCAUAAAGAUUUAAAAGGGAUUAGAGAUGUGCACGAACAGUGUAAACCUGCCACAACCAAAACAGAUUUACUUUUGAUGCACAUUAAACCUCCAACAAUAGCUCUGUUUAGUGUGAUCAAUGUUCUCUAUUAGCCAGUGCCCUAGUAUUAUUAUUAUUAUUAUUAUUAUUAUUAUUAUUAUUAUUAUUAUUAUUAUACUACAUGUGCCUGCUGAAUUGUUUUGCACUAAAUAUGUAGCUCAAGGCCCUGGCAGAAACUUCUGCUGGGGAAAAAAAUUGUUUUUCUUUCUAAUUUAAUUUGCUGAAAAAUUGAAAACAAACUGGUCUAAAGUCAGUUGAGACACAUUCAAAAAAUGCUGUAUAUGAAGCUGAUUCAGGUUAAAUCCUUCAAACAGGGACGUCUGUUAUGAGCCUGUUGGAGGGGAGAGUUUUCAUUCAAAUAUUUCCAGGCCAAACAUCCUCCACCCCCAAUGCCUCACUCUUCCUCUC